CCACCACCGCCAAUGGGGAAGAAGGGGGCGAACCGGACGGCGACGAAGGCGGAGACGAUCCUCGACGUCGUGGGCGAGGACGGGAGGGUGCUCACGAUGAUCGAGGUGGAUCCCGCCGACGAGAACCCUGCCCUCCUCGACGCCAUCAGGAAAAAGAACAGUGCUGCCCUGAUCUCCAUGCUUGAUCCUCGUGCUGAGCUCUCCACCAAAGACAGUUCAAAUGCAGCUGAUGCUGUUUGGUAUCUCGUCAUAAAUGGAAACCACAUAACUGGCAAUCUGAACCUGCUGAAUGACCUCAAGCCUGUGUGUGACCGUUGGGUACGAAGCCUCGCUGGGACAGGGCCACCUAUGCAAGUCUGCGCACGGGGAUCUGUGAACUGCAACAGGAUCAAGCUUGACGACGUAUGGUAUGUUCCUGGGGUCACAGUGAAUAUGGUUGCUGUUGCCAAUCUUACCAAUCAAGAACUUAAAGUCAGUGUGGAAAGCGGUGGCUGUUCUAUUGCACGCCUUGAUGGCACUGUUGUUGGCAAAGGACACAUUAAAAGCGAGCUGUAUGAGCUCGACUUUCUCGACGCCAUUAGUGGAACUGCCUGGUACAUUGUCUCAAAUGCUGCUGAACACAUGACUGGCAACCUGCACCUCCUGACAAACUUCACCGCCACUCGCCCAGGCCGCCCUGUCAGGACUCACACAGGCGAAACGCUUCAGGUGUGUGGCAAGGGUUCCCUGAGCUCCACCCAGCUGUCCGUCCCUGGUGUCAGCUACGUCCCGGGGCUCACCGAGAACAUCAUCUCAGUGACCCAGCUCACCGACAGUGGCUUCAGUGUCGCGUUCGGCCCCCAUGGCUGCACUGUCAUGAGGAACCGCGGUGGGGCUAAGGUUGGUUACGCUUACCAUGCAGGCGGACAGCUGUACCGGCUCGACUACCUCAGGGUCGCUGACAGCAAAUAGCUUCUGAACCUAAAGUCGGGAGGGUAACAGCCAGCCGUAUGAGUUGCUCCGAUGAAGAGGAAGUUUACCUGUUCAGGUCGUUUGGUUGCAAAGAUGCUCUCAGCUGGUUUUCUGUAUGAAAAACCUCCCAGGAGUACGUAUGGGCUAUUGGUAUGGAUUAUGGAAGACAGUGAGAUAUUACCACGCACCAGUUACGCAUGUUUGGGUUGCUGCAUUUACCAUGGAUGUGGUUAACGUGUA